AUUUCCGGCUGUCCUUGAAGGCGUCACAGCCACAUCCUCGCCAGCGGCGGUCCGGACCAGGACCACAGCAUCGCGGCGCCGAACCGAACGCAGCACUCGUCCGUUCUAGAUGAGGAACGAGGAGAUGAGCGCGGCUCUCCUGGCGCUGAUGCUCCUCUUGGCGGCGAGCGGCUGCUCGGCCGGUCCGGAGUGCACGCCGUCCCCGCCGGAGGCCAGCACCGGUGUGCAUCUGCUGUCCGCCGUGAUCGACGCCCAGAGGGCCCAGCAGAGCCAGAGGCAGCACCUGGAGGCGCUGUUCAGCAGGUAUGGUGAAAAUGGCACCAUCUCUCUGGCCGGGUUGAAGCGCCUCUUGCAGAACGUGGGGUUGGAUCGCAUCAGGAACGUUAUGGUGCAGCACCACGAGCAGCCGGGCCACCACGACCACGACCAUGACCACCAUCACCACCACCAUGACCACGAUGACAACGACUCGCACCACCAGAAACACGCCCACUCAGCCGCGCCGCACAAGUUUCCCAAGAGCCCGGAGAAGGAGGACGACCCGCCCGGGAAGAAAAGCGGCGACUCCGAGAGCCGCCUCAACCCGUACGACAAGAAGACCGCGGCCGCGGUGGACGCGGCUCAGAGGGUGGACGCCACGGUCGUUUACAGCGCCCAGCGGCUGGUCAAGCCGUCGGAGAGCAGCGGCUCCGUCCGGCCCAGUCCCGCCGGAGAGGAACCCGCCGCGACAACCGUGGCCGGUUUGGUCAGGGAGGGCCAGGCGCAGGACGAGCACGAUCACCAUGGCGACCACGAGCACCAUGACGAUCAUGACCACGGUCACCAUGACGACCACGAGCACCAUGAUGAUCAUGACCACGGUCACCAUGACGACCACGAGCACCAUGACGACCAUGACCACGGUCACCAUGACGACCACGAGCACCAUGACGACCAUGACCACGGUCACCAUGACGACCACGAGCACCAUGAUGACCACGACCACGGUCACCAUGACGACCACGGUCACGACCAUCAUGACGACCACAGCCAUGACCAUACGAAUGAGGAUCAGCUGCAGAACCGCAGCGUGGACACGGCGGAGUGCCUCAACGCGUCCACCAUCCUGUCCUCGCACGGCAUGUCGCAGGAUGUGGGCGUCACCCUGGGAGACUUCAGCUUCCUGUGCACGGCGCUCCUCAACCAGCUGGACAGAGGAGCGUGCAUCGUCCACGAGGACAGAGGACAUAAACACCACAAACGUGCUCACGAUCACCAUGGCGACCACAACCACUCCGACCAUGACCACCACGACCACGACCAUGACCACGACCACGACCACGACCACACCGAGCGCAACGCCGGGGAGAGCGGCAGAAACAUCUCCACAGCGUGGGCCGGCGGCUUCAUCUCCAUCUCCAUCAUCAGCCUGCUGUCGCUGCUGGGCGUCGUCCUCAUCCCUCUCAUGAACAGGGUUUUCUUCAAGUUCCUGCUCAGCUUCCUGGUGGCGCUGGCCGUGGGCACGCUGAGCGGCGACGCCUUCCUGCACCUCAUCCCUCACUCCCAGGGCGGCCAUCACCACCACCACCACCACGAGGACGCCGGCGCCGAGGGCCACCACCACCACCACGAGCAGGAGGAGGACCUGGACGCCGUGUGGAAGGGCCUGACGGCUCUGGGCGGAGUCUACUUCAUGUUUCUGAUCGAACACUUCCUGACGCUCGGGAAGAUGUACAAAGACAAGAAGCAGAAGAUCCAGAAGAAGUGGGAGCAGAACGACAGCAUGGACCCGGAGAAGCAGCCCGCUCUGCAGGAGAACGACCUGAAGCCCAGCGAAGACGCUGAGCCGAACGGCGCCGGGGCGUUCGGCGACCACUCCGGCAGCCUGCACGGCGGCGGCGUGGCGGAGGAGGAGCAGGUGAUGCUGGCGCCGCAGCUGUCGCUGGUCUCGCCGCAGGGCUACGCCGCCGCCGCCUACACCGACGAGGACUGCGAGAACAAGUGCCACUCCCACUUCCACGACACGGUGGGCCAGGCCGACAGCAUGCACCACCACCACCACGACUACCACCACAUCCUGCACCACCACCACUCCCAGAACCACCACCCGCACAGCCACGCCCACUCCUACUCCGAGCAGCACUUCCAGCAGGCCGGCGUGGCCGCGCUGGCCUGGAUGGUCAUCAUGGGGGACGGCCUGCACAACUUCAGCGACGGCCUGGCCAUCGGCGCUGCCUUCACCGAGGGCCUGUCCAGUGGGCUCAGCACGUCCGUGGCUGUGUUCUGCCACGAGCUGCCGCAUGAGCUGGGUGACUUUGCGGUGCUGCUGAAGGCGGGCAUGACGGUGCGCCAGGCCAUCCUGUACAACGUGCUGUCGGCCAUGAUGGCGUACCUGGGCAUGGUGACGGGCAUUCUGAUCGGCCACUACGCCGAGAACGUGUCCAUGUGGAUCUUCGCGCUGACGGCCGGGCUCUUCAUGUACGUGGCCCUGGUGGACAUGGUGCCCGAGAUGCUGCACAACGACGCCGGGGACCACGGCGUCAGCCACUGGGGCUACUUCCUGCUGCAGAACGCCGGCAUCCUGCUGGGCUUCUGCAUCAUGCUGCUGAUCGCCGUCUUCGAGCACAGAAUCCAGCUGGACCUCGGAUUCUGAGGGGAGAGAGAGAAGUGUGGAGCUCUUCGACAUUCCAGCGUCUCCGUCUUAAUGUUUAUAUUUGUUUAGUCGGCUCCAGUCACCGAGGUUGUUAGUUUGUUUGUAUUUGCUCGUGUUGCCAGAGGAUCCAGGUGACUGGGACUCGGGACCUUCACUCACGUUUACAUAGAUGAGGCUUGGGUCAAGUUAGAUGUUAAACUGAACCAGAGUAGUGUUUUUUUUUUGAUCUUCUGUUUUGUUUUCUAUGGCUACACCGCAGCAGAACGUGUAGAGUCCAUCCAGGAUCGCUUCAGCUUCUUCGCCUCGGUCUGAGAAUAGUUUUUGUUGUUCUCCGCAUGUUUAGCUUAGCGCAAGUUAUAUUCCUGACACAACCCUCACUCAAUCCUCAAAACCGCCUCAGAAGAAUGAAAUCUAGCAACUAUAUUGCAUAUUAUUAAUUUAGAAAAUGAAGUAAAGAAGAAGCACAGGGAGGCCGGUUAGUUGCAGCUCAUAAUGAUCUCUCUGAUGCCAUAAAAUGAGCAGAACUCUUCAGACUGAACGAUAUCGAUCAAGCCAUCGCGCUAAAUAACUGACAUGGAAAGAAACGAGUUUAGCCUUUCAGAAGCGUUUAAAGUGAGAGCUUGAUUGUGACUGAUGCACUAAUGCUUUGUGGGCUCGCGGCCAGCUGCUCGUGUGGCUGUGGAGAGAAUGUGUUAUUUGUCCGUGUCGGCAGAGGCAAACUUGCUUGGCACACUUAUUUAAACCGAUUCAAGCCUUAAUAACCGGGCGCGCUGCGUUCUGGAUGGAAGAGGAAUAGCUGCUGUCCGUCUGUGAAGCAAUCCCCAAUUCAGCCAGACCGAGAAACCCAUACAGAGCCUGGUGUUGUUGUGAGGGUUAACGGUUUGAGUCCGGCUGGAGUCUGCGUUGCCAGAGGGCGUGGAUGUGUCUGGUUGUCUGUCUUUAUUUAUGCUGGGCCGUGAUUGGCUCCAACGCACAGUGGGCGCUAUGAGGUGACGCAGCAGAUGAUAGAUGCUUUUUUUUUAGUUGUCAGCAGUUUAUGGGUUUAAAAAAUGGAAUCAAACUAAUAGUCUAUCACUUUGAGAAGGCGCACAGGAGCGUGACGGCCAGAUAAGCACCUUUAAUGAUUUACACCAAAGUGGUGGCAGAGGGGAAAAGAAAACUUGAAGACUAGAAACUUAAAAACAGAGAGGGAGGGGAAAUCUUGUGUUGCUGUAAGAAGAAAUUUGCACGACUUUCACUGAUGAACCUGGAGCAACUCGAAACCCGCCGUUUCCCCUGUCACGGCUUUGAAAGCAGGAAUUCUGCGAACGUCUUUGUGUUAAUUUAUUGUUCUGGUGUUGGAGGAGGAGGCUGUGGCUGCAGUGAGCGUGGAUCUGACCCAAAUUUCAUCUGGAGUCUUUCAGUUUGUCGGAAGCCCCGAGGUUGUUUGUGGUCAUGAAAUGAAGGUUUUUUGAUAAAUCCCCUGUUUUCACCUUACUUUCUGCGUUCACAUGCUGCACAGGAGUUUCGGUGUUUAAAGUCGUCUCGGUGACGAGAUGUGUUCUCAGUCUCCUUUCUCACAUUGAAGUUCAGAUGUUGCAUUUUUUUCAAGCUUUAGUCGUAUUUUGUUUGUUUUUUUUCUUUGGCAGCUUUUCUUUAGAAAUAAAACACGUUAGAAAUAAUGCUCAUGAUGGGAAAUGCCCAGCAGAUCCCUCGUUUUGAGCCAAACCAGCAGUGUUUGUGUUGCACUGUAAUAAUUUUCUGGCUUUUUUUUUUUUUUUUUGUAAGUAAAUUUUCUUCCAAAUGUGUCAACUGUUCAAUAAUGUGACAAACUACCUUCCAUGGUCGACUUCCGUUACAUUUAUUCCCUUCAUCUCCUCCACUUCAUCGCGUUGGGACCAUCUAACUCCUCUCUAGUGUUCUCAUGACGGUCUGCAAAAGACGACUAGUCGGUUCUGAAGCUUGAAUUAAGAACCUGAGCUUUGUGUUUCAUUUGUACGUUUUUGCAACUUAAUUUUAUAUUUAUUUUGUUCUGGUUACACCCGAGCACUUGAUGUGGCAGCUGGAGAGACGUGAGGAGCUGAAUCGUUGUUACAGAACCCUGCUGCUGAGGUCCAGAGUACCAGACCUGAAGACAAACCUCUCAGUGUUUCACAUGUGCUUCAUGCUUGUACAUAAGGCCUUUCUCUCACUGUACUGUUUGACAUAAUGUAAAGAAAGGCAACACAAACCACCCUCCAAAAGAAACAAAGUGGAAACAUUUCAAGAUGAAGGUGUUUUUAAAAAAUGGAGAGUUGGGUUUUGGAUUUCAUCUGUUGGCAGAAGGUCAGUAAAGCGUGUGAAGAAGCGGCUCUGCGCCAAAGCUCCUGUUCCACUGGAGCGUCCGUCUCCGGUCCUCGGGGGAAUGUGUUCGAAUUGUAACAACCUACCAAGAGAACGUUCCCCGAGGCUCGGCUAGUCUGACCUGGUGUUGAGCCUCCUCUGGAGCAGCAGAAAUGCUGCUUCACACUGAUUUUACUGAUCUGAGUGGAACAACACACACACCUUGUCAUUUGAUCAUUUAUAAAAUUUUUGUUUUGUCACUGUUGGUAAUGAACAUGCAGGAACCUGUUGGUUUCCUGAAAUGUUUGUGUAUGCUGGAGGGGAAAGUUGUUUUUAAUUGAAUUGUCCUGUUUUCACAGUGGUGAAGUAAAAUUUUUUUUUUCCUAGUUUUCAUCAUAUUUUUUUUGGUUGUUGAAGCUGUAUUUGUGGGCAUCAAAACCUGUGAAACAGGUGAGAAACUUGAUGAUCGGAGCUGUUGUGCUGCAGAGCUCUUGAGCGUUCUAUUUAAUUGUUCAUAUCUGUAUUGAGUGAGUGUUGGUUCAGACUUUCAGGCAGUUUAGAUUUUGAUUCACUGUGCUUUCUGGCGUUAUAAAUAAAA